GCUUGCCUCGCCUCACAAUUAUAAUUCCAAUCAGCAAAAUGGCCCAAAUAAAAGAUAUCUUAGGCCUCAAAGAGAUGAGAGACUGCAAGACACUCAUUCGGCAACUUAUAUCGGAGUUUGUUGGUACAUUUAUGUAUCUAUCUGUGGUGCUAUCAGCCGGGAUCGGUUAUGGGGACGCUAAUCCCAGAGUCGUGAUCGCUUUGGCCAAUGGUCUGAUCGUUGCGAGCAUAGUUCAGAUUAUUGGUCAUGUGUCAGGGGGGCAUAUAAAUCCGGCUGUAACGAUCGGGGCUUUGGUGUGCGGACAUAUUAAGCUAUUGAAAGCUUUGUGUUACGUUGUUAUGCAGGCUUUGGGAAGCAUUGCAGGAGCUGCAGUAGCCCACGCAGUUUCUUCAAAAGGCAUCAAAGGCAAUCUCGGAGCCACCAUACCUUACGAACACACCGAACCAAUGCAGGUCUUCGCCCUAGAAUUCCUGAUGACUUUCCUCCUAGUAGCCGUGGUUUUAAGCGUGAUAGACUUAAGAAGGGGCGCUAGAGGUCUUGGUUCUGCCUCCCUAGCUAUAGGCCUUUGUGUGUCAGGGUGUCUAUGCUCCUGUCUACCAUACACAGGGUCUAUAAACCCUGCAAGGACAUUAGGGCCAGCAGUUAUAAUGAACAUCUAUGAUAUGCAUUGGGCUUAUUGGGCAGGACCUAUCUUAGGAGGUUUUAAUGCAGGAUUAUUUUAUAGAGUUGUGUUGAGAGUACAUUAUGAAGAAUAUAACUUGGAAACGCGUUCGAAUGAGUGAAUAAAUA